AUGCGAAGCAAAGCCGACGCCCCUGUUGACACAAUGGGUUGCACCGAGCUGUACUCUGGCAAAGCGACUGCGGUUGAGAAGCGCUUUCAAAUUUUGAUUUCACUUUUGAUGAGCUCGCAGACUAAAGAUGAAGUCAACGCCGGAGCGAUGAAGCGACUCAAUGAGCACUUCAAAUCCUUUAGCGCAGAGGACGCUGCUACAGCGAACGAGUCACUUCUUUCUGAGCUCAUCACUCCAGUUGGAUUCCACAAAACCAAAUCCAAGAAUAUCGUCAAAGUUGGCGCAAUCUGCCGAGAUCAAUACGGCGGUGAUAUUCCUGACACAAUCGAAAAUCUCGUCAAGCUUCCGGGUAUCGGCCCGAAGAUGGGCUACUUAGCGCUCAGCUGUGCGUGGGGAAAGAACGACGGAAUCGGUGUUGACGUUCACGUCCAUCGCAUUUGCCAGCGUCUCUGCUUCACGAAAAAGCCAAAGGACCCCGAAGCCACUCGCGCUCAGCUAGAGUCCUGGCUUCCCAAAGACAAGUGGCAAGAAAUCAACAAACUCCUUGUCGGCUUCGGGCAGCAAAUUUGCUCCGCCAAGGCGCCUCAAUGCUCCAACUGCCUCAACAACGCUAUCUGCCCCAAGAAUUUCUCUGGAGAGAAAAAUUCUCCCAAGAAAUAA